GGAUCGCGGAGAACGCGUUUUUGGGACGAAAACAAUGAUGCCUCUAUCCCUCGAUUGACAUCCUCGCCUGAUCUUGUUUCCGCCUCUUCUCAGGCAAGCCAUUGCGGAUCUGUCGCUCCUCUCAUCCCUCUCUUCGGAAUCGCGCGGAUCUUUCUUGAUUGAUCGUGAGGGUCGUUUCCUCGCCGCCGAGUGUCAGGUUCUGGGCUUUGGGGGCGUUGAUUGCUGAUUAGGGUUUGGAGGGGAGGAGAUCGAUGGUUGUCAAAGAAGAGGAUUCGGAGUAUGAGAGCGAUCCUGAGGACGCACCGCUGCCAAGGAUGCGUCGCAGGGAGGCGAGCGACGACGAGGAAGGGGAAGGAUACGAGGGGCGGGGGAAGUCUCCGGCGGGAGACCUGGUGGCGUCCGAUGGCGAGUCGGAUGGUCAAGGCGGUGCUGAGGUUUAUGAUGACGAAGAGGAGUACUACGACGAGGAGGAUGAACUGGUGGACAGAGUAGAGGAAUUCGGUGGGGAAGAAGAAAUGGUGGAAGGCAAAGGUGGGAAUCUUGCCAGUAUUCCAGUAAACGAAAGCCUCAAAGACUUGGGAAAGGCACCAAUUCCUGAUGGAGAUGGACAAACGUAUCUUGGAACACCAGAAGAAAAUGAAGACAAGAAUCCAGUGGAAGAGGAGGCGAAGGAGAGUGAACCCUAUGCUGUGCCGACUGCUGGGGCUUUCUACAUGCACGAUGAUCGAUUCCAGGACAAUGGCAGGGGUCGCCGCAGGCGAAUGUUUGGUGGCCAAAAGCUGUGGGAUCCUAAAGAUGAACGUGCUUGGGUGCAUGAUAGAUUUGAAGAAAUGAAUUUGCACGAGACACGAAAUCAUGAGGAAAGAUCAAAGUCUAGAGGCCGUUUUAGGGGACGAGGUGGAGGUAAAAGAUGGGGCUCUGAACAUGUGUAUACUAGAGGAAACAGGUCCAAUACAUACCGUGAUGAUGCUGAAAGUGAAACCCGUGCCCCGAGGACUGUUAGAGGGAGAGGACCUAGGCGUUAUGAACCUAUUCUGAGGAACAAAAGAGACUUUCCUGCAAUUCAGAGCAAACGUUUACCUUUAAAACCUCACCACUCAGUAUCAAAUGAUACCUCUGGAAGACCAUCUUCUCAAGCGGCAACAGUUCAAUCAGAUGCUGUUCUUCCAAAGAAGAACUCGUUUGCCUCAAGCCUCAAUUCUGCAUCACCCCCAUUUUACCCCUCUGGGUCCUCUAAUCAAGAUAUGGCAUCCUUGACUCAGAAAAGGGGCGUACAUACUGGAAGCAUCAAUAAGCCCAUUUCAUAUACUACACUGACAAAAGAUAAUUCUAUGGCAUCCCAAACAAACUCAUUAAUGAGAGGGAAUACACCGACUGACGUUGUUGGACCUGAUAAGUUAUUUAUUGAUGAUUCCUUUCGGUCAACCACAGGGAAAAUUAUGGCUACCUCCGGUCUCCAGCUGUCAGGAUCUUCAUUAUCAUCAAAAGAAAUUCAGACUGCUAGUUCUAGGGUCCAAGUUAGGGAAUCAAGUAUUGUUGGUCGCAUAAAUAGACAUUCUGAGUCAUCAAUUGGCCCACCUGGAAGAGUUGCUACUCAAAACAAGCCCACAGACCAGCGACCACUUCAGUUUCCAGCACAAUCUGCUACACGAAUUUCAAACCAGCAGUCGGUCCAGCUUCGUAGCAUAAGGAAUCAUUCAUCAUCGCCUCCUGAUUCUGCACCUCCUAGUUCAUCUGACAUUAUACAGUCUGAUUCACAUUCAGGUGUAACCAAGCCAGAAGUCACACUUGUUGGAAAAACAAAGAUUAACAAUCAAGGGAUAGGAAAGGGACCCUUUCUGUAUGGUGGAGCUCAGGUAAUUGGGGCAACUGGGGCUGUGGGACUUCCCAAUGGUGAUCAUAGCUUCCCUGGAACUCCAGCACUUUUACCAGUUAUGCAACUUGGUGGUCCUAAUCCUGGUGGUAUGGGGGUUCCUGCAAUGGGUAUGGCUCUUCCAGGAUAUGUAGCUCAACCUCAGCUUGGUUUUGGCAAUACAGAAAUGACUUGGUUGCCAGUAUUGGCAGGUGCUGCUGGGUCUUUAGGGCCACCUUACUGCCCACCUUACAUCGCUCUUGAUGGAAACUACUUUGCUCAUCCUUCAGGACAGACAUCUUCAUCAUCCCCUUCUAGGGAAACUGGUACAAGCAAACCUGCUAGUUCUUUGAAACCUUCCCAGAGACCUGAGGUGAAUGAGGACUCUGGGCAACGCCAAAGCAAGCCUCGUAGGUAUUCAGAGAUGAGUUUUGGCCAAUGAUGUGCAUGGGUGGUUAAAUAUGUCCUAAUAACAGCUUAAGGUGUUUUACAAUGCCCUCUGUGGUCUUUGCUUUGGCAUCUAAUUUGACCAGGAGCACAUUGGGCUGUUUAGUCGACUACAUAUGCUAGCUGUUUAACACCUGCUCUUGCUGUAAUGUUGUGAGACCACCAUUUUGCAGCAGGAUGGGUGGCGUGGCCUUGUUCAAAUUAUCGUACUAUAAUUGCAGUUGGACUGGUUGAACCUUUUCUAAACCAUAAGAUAUGUUGAGUGAGCUACUUUUUUUUCUUUAGAGAUAUGAAGAAUAUUGAAGAGUUGUAGAUAGUGAUGUUUCGACUUAGCGAGCAUUGUUUGCAAUGAGUAAUGAAGAAGAACCAUUUGAUGUUUUGAAUUUGGAUUCUAUGUUUGAGGAUUAAUUUGACUGGAGAUAAUUAUCAUGGCUUUGUUGCGCUUGCACGUGUUAAAA